AAAAAAGUAAUUAAUUUAAAAAAUGCAACCAUUAGUUCAAAAAAGAUGCAAAUUUUGCAAAAAAGCAACAAACAAUCCACUCUUAGGUGAAAAAUUUAUUGCUAAUGAUAUCGUUUGUCAUUAUUAUUGUUUGGUGUUAAGUAAUAAUAUCAAUCAAAAUGGAGCUGAUAACGAAGGUAUUCUCGGUUUUUUGCCGGUUGAUAUUCGCAAGGAGUUGAAAGAAAGCCGUAAAACGAGAUGCUCUUAUUGUGGAAAAGAAGGCGCCACCAUACAUUGCCAACAAAAACACUGCAAAACAAAAUUCCAUUUGCCAUGUGGUUUAGCUAAAGGUUCAAGCCAUGAAUUUCAUGGUAAUUUCCCGAGUUAUUGUGGAGAUCAUCAUAGAGUACAACGCCUUCCAAUGACUUUGUUGAAGUCAGCUGACAGAGAAGUAAUGUGCGUGGUUUGUUUGGAUGAUAUUCAUGUGCGCCGUGAACGUCGUUCGAUUGUUUGGGCUACAUGUUGCAAACGACAAACAUUCUUGCAUCGCGUCUGUGCCCAACAAUAUGCAAAUAAUGCUGGCUACGAUGUUAAAUGUCCAAAUUGUUCAAGCCGUAUAGACUUUGUUAACUGUUUACUAAAAAAUGGCGUGUUUUGUCCUCUACGUGAAGCUUCGUGGGAACAGAAUGGUUCCUUUAAUGAUUUAUUUUAUAGCAACAUGUGCUGUAUGCGUGAAUGCCAAGCCGAUUCACGCGAUACCGAUCGUUUAAAUUCGUUAUGGGAAUUGAUAAGUUGUAGUCGUUGUGUCGCCUUUAAUGCUCAUCGAGCCUGCGGCGGUUUUCAACUUCUAACAGAUUCCUUCCUUUGCGAACCAUGCCAAGCAGCAUUACGGGAAGAAUUACCACCUGAACCAACUGAUUCAAAAGCAAAACCAUGCUCUGUCGCUGAAUGUCUUAAUCCGAAUGGGCGAUAUGCAUUUUCAAACCAAGGGGAUUGGAGAACUAUCCAAUGCGGACACUGCCCUAACUUCGUCGCUCAUUUUAGAUGCUGUGAUUCAAAAGAAACAUGGUAUUGCAAUAGCUAUCAGUGGGCCAGUUUCGAAUCAAACCGUUUGAACGCUUGAAUGAAUGAUGAUCCAAAUAAAAAUCCUAGUUUCCUUAAAAUUAUAUAUUAUUUUUUUCCCAAAAUAUUUAAUAAUGAUUUAUGAAUUCCGUACGCCAAAAAUUAUUUCAAAUUUCAAAAUGAUCCAUUAUUUUGGAAUAUAUCAAUGCCAAAAAUUGUACAUAGAUAAAUUUUUCAAAUUUGUGUUUCAUGUUUUGUGUAAUUGUCGUCAAAAAUCGGUUAUAACAACAUUUAAGGGGCCAUUUAGGUAAAAUGAAAUAUACAGGGUCCAUCACGAAGAGGUACAUAAAAGUUUUAGGACCCCUCAGUCGGUCAGUUCUCUUCUGUCUUGCUUAAAUCUUGAAACAAAUGUAGUACUGUUCCUCCGUUUUUUUGGAGGGGAAAAACAUACAAGGAAGCAUUUUGGAAGCACGUGUCCGUGAGAACAUUUGUUCAGGACAUCGAGACGAACAAUAUGUAUAUAAAAAAAAAGCUAGAAAAUUUAACCGAGUAUCAUUUUCCAUCGUUGUUAUAACCAAUUUUGACUGUACUUGUUAAAAUUUUCAAAUUUAUGACUCCUAGUUUUCCUAAUUAGUUGAAUUUUUCUACAUGAAAAUUGUUUUCUAAAAUUUUAAAUCAAUGUUUUUAAAAAUUUAAAGUGUUUUUAUUCAAUGUUAUAAAUGUUAAGAAAAUUUUUGGCCAGGAUGAAAAUGUCCAUUUUCAAUUAUAAUUUUUUUUUGUACUAGUUUUAAGGAUUAUUUUUGUUAUGAGGUUAUGUUUUAGGAAUCGGAAACAUUCCUAUUGUUAUUUUUUAUGGGUUGAAUUCAGAAAUUAUUUCCCACGUGUUAAUUUUCGUACUCUCCAAUCUGGAGCCGGCUCCAUUUAAAUUAAAUUUCGAUUAAAAAUAAGGUUUAAUUCAAGGUCGAAAACAAUUUUUCAAAGGAAAUAUCCAAUCAUUCUCAAUUUUAACCCUUCAGACUGGUCGCCUUUUGUACCACAAAGAGGAAAUCUUAUGCUAUUGCGGAGCGCCAAGAGCGAAAUUUCCUAAAAUUGAAAAAAAUAUUUUACUGUCAUUAAAAACACAGUGUACCUACGUAAAUAGUCGAAAUAUAACGAAGCCAUCCGAAUUGUUUUUUGUUUAACCGACUUGACUGAAGUGAUGAGAAAAGCACUCACCCCUGUAUCUCUCUCUUUCGCAUCAUUCUGAAAGGUUAAUAAGUCUAUAUGUCUAAAAAUUUGUAUCCCUGUUAAUUGUGAUUGCCUAAAAUUACAUUAAAAUGCUUGAUCCCUUGAAUUACCUUGAAAUGCUUGCUUUUUACCUCCUAAAAUUGAUUUUUCCUCACAUUUUCUCUUUGAAUUAAACCUUAGCAAAAUAAAAUAUGUAAUUUCUAAAAAAGUGGGUUCUGAACGCAGCCCCCAUUCCUUAAUGAUUCCUUUUUUUCUGAAUGUUUAUAAUGUCAAAAUAUUUUUGUAUUCGUAUAUUUAAUACAAGAUCCGGACGUUAAGUCAAUACUUAAAGAAGUGUCCUUUUGUUCCAAUAUUAUUAGAUGACUCUAGAAUUGAUUUCGUAACAAUUUUCCAAAGAAAAUGGAAUUAAAUCAGUGAGAAAUCGAAUCAAUUCUUGUAGUAGUUGUAAAUAUAGAAAUUUCUUUGAGAUGUGUCAAUUUAAAUCGAAUUCGUUUGAUUUUUGUGUCAGACCAAAAAAAAAAAUAAAUUUCCGGAAAUUAAAUCUUUUAAAAAAUUUAUCACCAAAUGGCCUUAAUUCUCAUGUUAAAAGUAUUUAACAUCAGGGAAAUUUUUUUAUAUUUUGUUUUUGCAAUUUUUUAAUGCAAUCAGGGGCGAAUUUAGGUCCGAUGCCAACCUAGGCCCUGCCCGAUAAUGGUGCCUUUUUUGCUCUAUGAGAAAGUGAUUGUUGAAAUUCGCCUCUGAAUGCUCUGUUAGACUCAAAUCUUCUUGUUCUUUCUUUUCAAUGAGAUUUUCCAAUUAAAC